GUUCCGCCUCUACACGUAGAGACGGCGGAAGUGGCUUUGUAUUUUGAUGAAAUCAAGAUGGCGGCUGGCAUGUAUUUAGAGCAUUAUUUGGACAGUAUUGAAAAUUUGCCUUUUGAACUUCAAAGGAAUUUUCAGCUUAUGAGAGAUUUAGACCAGAGAACAGAAGACUUGAAAAGUGAAAUUGAUUCUUUGGCAACUGAAUACACUACAAAUGCUCGAACCCUGUCCUCGGAGCAAAAACUUUCCCUAUUGCGACAAAUUCAGGAGGCAUAUGCCAAAUGCAAGGAGUUUGGUGAUGACAAAGUACAGCUGGCAAUGCAAACUUAUGAGAUGGUUGACAAACACAUCCGUCGACUGGACACAGACCUUGCACGAUUUGAAGCUGACCUGAAGGAAAAACAGAUUGAAUCAAGUGAUUAUGAUUCUUCCUCAAGUAAAGGCAAAAAGACAGGGAAGAAAUGCUCCGAGGUGUACUGUGGUGGUGAUCUUGUGGGGGCUGCUGUACCAGCAGAGGCUAGAGGUCAAAAGGAGAAGAAAGUGGCCCGGACACGGUCAAAAAUCAAGAAUUCAGAUGAGGACAGCAGUCCAAAAAAUGGACAAAAGAAGCUGAAGCUGGUUCAUACAACUGAGUACAGUGCUCCUGCUGUGAAUUUUGGAACAGUUCAUCCUUCAGAUGUGUUAGAUAUGCCAGUGGAUCCUAAUGAACCAACAUACUGUCUUUGUCAUCAAGUGUCCUAUGGAGAAAUGAUUGGCUGUGACAACCCUGAUUGCUCCAUUGAAUGGUUCCACUUUGCUUGUGUUGGAUUAACCACUAAACCACGAGGCAAAUGGUAUUGUCCCCGGUGUUCACAGGAACGCAAGAAGAAAUAGACCAACAGGUGGUCCACAUUCAACGCAUGGGUUAUUCAUCACUAUGUACUGUGAUAAUCGUACUAAAGAAUGAGCCACACAUUUUGUAACUGGCUUAGGAAUUGAAGCAUGGGCCCCUAAAUGUUUGACUGUUUAGGCUUCUGGCCAAGUAAUGAUGCUUAUUUUCUACACAUCAUUAUUAGGUUUUCCUGAUUUAGACUGAAGUAGCAUAAAGUGUCCUACUAAAGCACUAAACAUUCAACCUGAGCUAGAGGCUGGAGUUAGGAAUCAUUACAAUGUGCUGAAAGUAAAAUCUGAACCUCUCCGGGUUCAGGCAGAAAUCCAACCUUUGGCACAGAGGUAAAAAGAAUUUUCUUAAAUGGUGUUUAUCGAUUUUUCUUUAUUGACAAUAGGAUACAGUACUUCCUAACUUAAUUUUUAUCAAGCGAUGCUGCAUUUUCAUCUCAAGUUUUUUUUUUUAAUGUGGGAAGCAUUAAGUAGUAUUAAAUGUCAGCUGUUCCCCUAUAUUGUUAGCAGUCUUGCACACUGUGCACUGCAAGUCCUUUUGAGUUCUGUUUGAAGGCAGUGGCUUUGGGGGGGUUGUUUCCCCUUUUGUACAGCAUUAAUUCUAAACUGUCUAUCUUCUGUGCAGCUUACUGUCAGUCAGACUCCUAAUUACCCCACAAUUAUAUGGAUGUCCCUGAAUUAUUACAAGCUAUAUUGUAACAAAAUAUUUUACUAAAAAUGGCCUAAUGCAUGAUUUGGGCACAUUUAUCCAUUCACCAGCAGUAGAAUAAUGAAUUUAGGAGGAGAGAAGACAAAGGUAAACUGUAUAUAUCUUGUGAGAAAAUGGUUAAACUCAAGAUUUAUCACUAUAUAUAACUGUUCUGGUAUCCCUGUUAGAUAGAAUGUCCCACUUGGAGAGAACGGUUUACCUGAUAUCAUGUUGACUCUACAUAAACUUUUCCUGUCCUGGAACCAAAGGGUUUCUGGAGUCAACUCCAUUUUACUCAAACACUGUACGGUGCAUCCAAUUUAUGUGCAAGUAUUAUUUGGAAUAUUUUUUUUUAUGUGUAUUCUUAUUUGACUCAGUUGGUGCUUAAACAUUUCAGUUUACUGUCUUUUUAAACAAUGUACAAUGCUAACACACUUUUGUAAAAAUAAACUAAUAAAACAGUAAAAAUACUAA